AUGGAGAAUUUUGUAGAGCAUUUAAGCGCUUCCAUUUGGGCUAUGAUAAUGAGAGGUAUUCCUAACAAACAGCAAACAAUUGCACAAUCCAAUCCGUCUUUUCAUGCAGAAAUACGUUUGAAUCCAACGAUUGCGAGAAAGGAUGCUGAAAAGUUGUUACCUGAAAUUCACAAAGCGAUUUUAUCCAUUAAAAAUAUUCGUAAUGGUCAUCCGAUAGCACUACCAUCUGAUAAGGAAUUUAGUAAAAUAAUUGAUGAUGUAUUUAUUGUUUGCUCGGAUACUCCCGAAGGAGAAUUCUUGACAAUAUCUGAUACUUCGCUAACAGUUGCAAAUUUACAUCUAUAUAAAUUAUUGAAUCGUGAUGCGCAGACACUAGAAGCUCAGUCAGGUGAAUAUGGUUCCGAAUCUAAUACUGCCGGAUCAUUGCUGUGGGAAUUGCCUUGUCGUGAAUUUGAUGGAAUUUGGGAAAAUUUGAUUUUCGAUGAUUCCAUUAAAGAUGAACUAUUUUCUUACAUUUACGCACUGGUCAGGCUUUCGGAGAAAAAUACAAAUACUACAGUAUUAAGAGUAAACCGAAUGAUUUUGUUGCACGGUCCACCAGGAACAGGCAAAACAUCCCUUUGCAGAGCACUGGCCCAAAAGUUGGCUAUACGAUUUAGCCAAAAAUACAAAAGGAUAUAUUUUGUGGAAAUUAACAGCCAUGGUCUUUUCUCAAAAUUUUUUUCUGAGAGUGGAAAAUUGAUCCAAAGUAUGUUUAAACAAAUUGAAGAACUCGCAGAAGAUCCAAAAGCAUUUGUUUUUGUACUUAUUGAUGAAGUGGAAAGCUUAACGAUAGCUCGAAGCGCUUUGUUGAAUCGAAACGAACCAACGGAUGCAAUUCGUGCUGUAAAUGCUGUUCUUACUCAAAGCUUGGAUGAAGCUUUUACGGAUAGAACAGAUUUAAGUCGUUUCGUUGGUUAUCCUUCAGCAAAUGCAAUUUACGCCAUAUUUCGUUCAUGCAUUCAAGAAAUGCAGAGGAUUGGAAUUGUGGAGCCUGGUCCGUGGUUUUCUGAACAAUAUGCAAAUGGUCCACAUUGUGAGAAGCUUAUGCAGUUGUCGCGAAGUGCUUCUGGCUUGAGUGGACGUUGUUUACGGCAACUGCCUGUUAUCGGAUACUCAAAAUUACCAGUGGAUCAGUUAUCCAUUGAACAAUGUCUUGGUGUAUUAGAAAAAGCCCUAAAAGAGAAACUUUCUGAAAAUGUGAGGUGUUUGUCCGAUUUAAACGCACGGCGAAAAUUUACAACUGCUUCAAUUGGUUAA